AUGCAGCAGCAGCCGCCACCGCUGCCACCGCCCUCGUCCUACGAGCUCUUCUGCCAGGGGCACCUCCUUCGCCUGCAGCAUUGCCUCGACGACUUCUGGGAGCGGCAGCGGCGGGAGGCCGCCGACGUCGUCAUCACCGACCUCCCGCUGGCGAGGAUCAUGAAGAUCAUUAAGGCCGACGAGGACGUGAAUCAUGUCGCCUCCGAGGCCCUCGUGGUCUUCGCCCAUGCCUGCCGGUUGUUCGUCCUCGAGUUGACUCUCCGCUCCUGGGCCUACAGCCAGGAGAUGAAUCGCCGGAUGCUCCGGAUGAAUGACGUGGCGGUCGCCAUCGCCCGCCACGGGUCCUUUGACUUCCUCCUCGACAUCGUCCCGAUGCAGCGGCCGACGCUCGCGCCGCCGUCGCUGCCUCUGCCUCCUAUUCCGCCGUCGCCGCUGCCUGUCACGCCGCGACCUCUUCCGCUGUCGCCGGCGGCGGUGGCGGCGGUGGCGGCGGUCUCUACCGCCGCCGACCAGGUGUCCGUUGAUUUACUUUAUCCGGAGGACGUCUUCCUGCAGCAGCCGAAUCAGGGCAGUUGGCCAGAAUUUCAGCAGCCACAUUGA